GAGCGCUAGCGCAGUCGCUCGUCCGCCGUCGUGUCGAGUGGUUCGUGUUGUCGGUUCCGCGUUGAAUAGUCCGAGAAAACGAGUUCUAAUAAAAGUUUUGAACGUAUUAUUUUCGUGAGAUAGAUUCCGUGCAUCAAUAAAUCUCCUUUAUUAAUUAAUCAUUGGUUUAGUAGAGUCAGUGAAGUUAAAGUGUGAGUGGUUACAGUGAGUUUUCGACAUUAUUAACAUUUAUUAAGUGUUAAAAAUGUGCUCGAUGCUGUCGCUGGUGGCAAUUGCAGUGAUGAUGGUGUCCAUUGUCACCUGGAAUGCAGAAGCCCAGCCGAAAUCACCGACUGUCCUCGACAGAAUGCAGGAGGAUACGGAUUUAUCUGAGUUCUUCCAUCUCCUGCAGAACAACGAGGCAGCGAAGAGCACAAUCGAGCACCGAGGGGUAACAGUGUUUGCCCCGACGAAUCGUGCCUUCCAGAAGUAUGCUGUCAGCAACGAUCAUGGUGACCUCGUCCUCUACCACAUGUCGAAUUUAGCCAGAGCGACUUGGGAGCUACCGGAGUCUAUUUCGUCAGAGCUAGAUGGCAAUCCCCCGUUGUGGGUUACACGAGUUCACGUCAAUGGACAAGAGGAAAUCUACAUCAACAAUGCGAAGAUACUGAAUGGAAGCAAUUAUCGACCGAUGAGAUCGUCUGCCGGGGAGGGAAAGAGUCAGUAUUUGCACAGAAUAUCCCAAGUGCUUGAGCCACUGCAGCCGAAUUCUCGAGACAGGCCUGUCAACAAUCCAAAUGCCUUCGAGUUUCUAAACCAGAGUGAAAACCUUCAGCUCGGAAAAUUCAGGCUUCGAACAUUCCGUGAGAGAGUUAUUACCGAGGGAAAGCAUCAGGUUUUCAGCGCAGAUGGACGAUACACUUUCUUCGUUCCUGAUGAGGAGGGAUUUAAGCCGGCGAUGCGACCAGGCAAAAUAGAUAAGCAGGUGAUUGAUGGUCACGUAAUUCCAAAUCACGUUCUAUUCACUGACCCGACACCCGAUGGCAAGGCCUACGAGACACUUGCCAAUGCUGAUAACUUUAGGGUUCAGCUGAGUUUCGUCAAGGAUAACAGGGGAAAGGUGUACGUCGAGUCCAAUACAAUAAUCGGUGACUCCAAGCAUCCAACUGGAGUCGUCCUCGCUGAAAUUGUGAAAGCAAACAUAGCCGUGAAGAAUGGAGUUGUCCAUUUGAUCCAACGACCGCUGAUGGUGGUCGACGCCACAGUGCAGCAGUUUCUCGAGGAGAAGGAGGAUGGGCCCGUUCACAAGUUCUACCAGAACAUCAGAGAUUACGGUGGUGACUUCAUGGAGGAGAUAACAAGAGUUCAGGACAUCACCCUUUUUGCCCCGAGUAAUGCAGCGUGGGAGCAGAUGGGAGUCCAGGGAAUACUUCAGGACAAGAAGCGCUUCAGACAGAUCCUCAGACUGCACUACGUCAGGGAGAAACUGCCCCUCGAGAAGAUCAAGGAGAAGAGUAUCAGUUCGAUGCUGCGCAAAGGAAAGGGACUGCAAGUUAGCGCGGUUCGGACAGGAGCCGACCGUCGGGAUCUCUUCUUCAACGUUGUGGACGGCUUCGACGGCAAAAAAGUCGUGACUGUAGAAGGUGGCGGUGUUAACGCAACUAUUCUAACAGCAAAUAUCGCCGCUACCAAUGGUAUCAUCCACAUAAUCGAUCGAGUCUUGGGAAUUCCUUACACAACUGUUUUGGAGAAACUCCGGACCGAUCCAAUGCUCAAUCAAACUUACAUGCUUGGCAAACGACGAAAUUUCAACGAUCAGUUGGGAGAUACUAACAAACGGUUCACGUACUUUGUGCCCUACGACAAGGCCUGGGAAGAGGCCAAAGUGGUGACCCCAACAGCAUAUACCAAACUUUUCUUAACCAACUAUGACUAUCACGCGAAACAAGUACUAGAGCGACAUCUGGUCUCAGGAGACAGGCCAUGGACGAUGGGUGCCCUGAAGAACGCCACGAGCAACGGUAGUAUCGAGCUCAAAGCGCAGAGAGAUAUUCUGAAAAUCCGUAUCAGGGAAGAGCAUGGCCGCUUCCAGAUCCAGUGGAGUGGCAAGCAAAAGUGGAUCAAUGUAUAUCGACCAGAUGUUGCCUGCACAAAUGGAAUAAUUCACGUAAUCGAUGACGCUUUCCUCUUGGAGAGUGACAUUACAGUCACGGACGACAGGGACUCAGCAUCCCUCGCCAGUUUGACCCCCCACUUCAUUAUGAUUCUGAUCGCCAAGUGGCUCUUGUAAAGACAAUCACGCGAGGCUCAAGAGACAACAAUUAUUAACAAUUUAGGUGCAUCCAAUUGCAAAUGGACUUGUUUUCAACAACAAAAUGUCUGAUGACUCUUCAAUUUAAUGAUUAUGAGGAGAAUGAGGAAGUUGAGGGAAACAAACGCCAAGGGCUUGCACGUCCAUUAAUUAAAGAAUUUAAUUAAAAGUAGAUUAUUAUUUAUUCUUAAUUGGAAUAUACGUAUGAAAAAAAAAAAAAUCAGGUGCAUUCGGUAGAGAAUACCUUUAGAAAUUUCAUCAGUUUUCGAAGUUUUUUCUUUCUAUACGAAUGUGCUCUUGAAUUUAAAAAUAUAAACAAAUGGGAAAAUAUAAUAAAUGAAUAGAUCAUGGAUCCAUUCAUGAAAGAAUCAGAAUAUUUGCGCUGCAAUUUCCUGGGAAAGUGGAAAAGAAACUGAUGAAAUUUCCCUUGGACUUUUCAGUCAAAUUUUUUCAUACGUGUAAAAAAAUAUAUAAAAAUGUCAGUGAGGAUGAUUUUACGGGUUAGAUCGUUAAUCGUACCAAAUAACGAAGAAAACUGUACCAAGUAAAGUAACAAUUGACUUGAAAUUAAAACCAAAAGUUAAGAAAUUUCGUUGUCACAAUCUGUCGAUAUUCAGUGAUUCAUUAUGAAUACACGCACGAAAAAACUUCAUAGAAGGGCUCAUGGAAUUAUUGACAAAGUUGUAUUGAAAUUUUAUGGAACUUUCUGUUAAUUUUUAGCUCAUUCUCUUGCUAAUUUCAGCCAAUUUACUGAUACAAAAUACCUCUUUUGUAAAACAAAAUAAAAUUUUAUAUUCUAGGAAAAUAUUGUACAAUUUUCAAUGGAAAUUUAUUGCCGUAAAUUUCCACUACAUAUUUCUUUUUUUUUUGUUCAAAAAAUGAAACGAAAAUCAACGACAUGUUCAAUAGAAAUCCAAUAGUUUUCCUAUUAAAUUUUUUCGUGGAUUAAGAAUCUCUCACAAAUAUCUCCAAAGUCGAUGUAUUUAGUUGAUAAUAAAUUAUUCGACAGUUGUGGCUGAUGAUAAUUAAUGAACAGAUGAUACAUGAAUGAUGUACGUGUUAUGUAUAAAUUUAAAUAUAGUGUCUAUCAUACUUAUCGAUCAAACGAACUGCCAGGCAAAUUAAAUGAGUGCAUUCGUGCUUGAAUUGUUUUGUACAAUCUCUAUUAUUUUCAGUCAUCUCCUAAUCUAAACCAGUGGAUAUUCCAAUGGUCCACUGUAUGAAAAUGUGUUCCAUUUAACCACUAUAUCAACGCUAUUCAUGUUCCACUCAUCUACCCUCGAAGAGAAAAAACUCAAAACUUGCAAGAGAUGUCGAUAAUCGCUAGAUCAUCAGUAAAUAAAUUCUUUCCUAUAGUGAAAUUUGAAUAAUAAAAUACGUGUUAAUAUCAUUCAAUCUAUGUAACAUCCAUAAAUUAAUGGAGCUGAAAUCGAAGAGAUAAGAUUGAUAAUUAAAAUAGAUAAUUCAUUAAACUGAAUAUGAAUCGCGAAAAAAAAAAGAUAAACAAAGAGAAAUUAAUCUAUCUAACGAUAAACUUACACUUGUUGGAAUUAAUGAUAUUAUAAUAUAACUAUUAAACUAUUGAGUAUAUAAAUAGACUUUAAAUCACACUGUUUGUUCGAAAAUGAAAUAGAUCAUGGAAAAGAAUAACUAGUUCUUUAUCUCUCUGUAUAGGUAAAUUCGUGUUUACUGUUCAGCUCGUCUUGUUCGUUAGAAGUAUGUCAGAGUUAAUGAGCAAGUGUGUAAAAAAAUUUAAUCAUUGUAAGUCAGGAUAAAGUGCAAACAUCAAGCUUUUUCUCUCUCAUUUUUAUUUGGAGACUUUGAUCAACAUUUACUGAGGUUUGAAUAUGUCUGAAAGGGAUAUAACGAAUAUGAGAGGAAUAUUCAAUUAAUUUCGAUUCCAAUUCUCGUUAGAACAUUACAUUACAUUCUUCAAUCGUCGCUGUUAAGAAGUUUAUUCACGGAAUCGUUGUGCUUGCAUUAAAAUAUCGAGUUGGACGUAAAAAUUGAAGAAAUAUUUGAUUGGCAGUGUCGCUUAUUGCUCUGUCAAUUGCUCGCUGUUUCAAGUAUUCAUGGUACUGGCGUUAAAUAAAUAGACUCUUAGGAAGGAACACCAUUUAAUUGUAAAAAACACAUUGUUAAUCAUCUCGGGGGAAUUAUAAUUUCAGCGGAUAGCUUGGUAUUCUCCCUCAAUCAUAAACAGUAAUGAAUAUUGAACGUUUCGAUCCAUUUGUACUCAUUAACGCAAUUAAUGUCAAUGAAUCGUUCCCAUCAACUACUCAUUCGAAAAUUUGUUGACAGAAAAGGAUUAUUAAUCGAGAUUAAUUGAGACAAAUGUUGUGGAUCCCAAAAAACAUUUCGACAAAAAGAUGGUUAUCAAAAUAUUCAGUGGAAGAAAUUGAUGAUUUUUGGCAUAAAAAUAUCAGCAGAGGUAUUUCUAUUAAUAUUUCUGUAAAAACAAAAAACACUAGAGACAAUUGAAUAAUUAACGAAUUAAGUUUCAUAAAUCUUUUCAUACGUUUUUUCACUGAGAAACAUUCUCAAAAAUCUUUGAGAAUGACUGCUAAUUGUGUAAUCAUAUAAGUCCAAUUUGCUAAGUAAUGGUAAAAAGCAACUACUGAAACAGGGGUGAUUGUCAAUUGAGUUUUCCAUCGAAAUGAUAUAUCAAGAAUGAAAGACAUGCUUUUAACAUUUUUGUACACCCAAACUGUGGCAAAUUAAGAAUUCUAGAUUAAAAAACAAUGAUGAUUCAAUAGGAAGACCUAUUCAACGAUUAUUUACUAAUUAUUGACGAAUGAGCUUUGUUUACGAGUAACUUCGGAUUAUUGGGGAUGAGAAUAAGCUACUUAGUGCUGAUGCAACAUUAUAUUGCACUGGGAAUUCAUUUUUUGACGAGGAGAGGAAAUUGAAGGGGCGAUUAUGGAGAUAAGUUAUUUCUAAGAUCUAAUUUAUUUGCCUAUAUAUAAAAAUUAUGAGGGAGUUGCAUAUUUAGUGUACAGUGCUGAUAAUGUUCAGACGAAAUUUGGAUUUCUGGCAUUCCAUUCCAAAUGUCGACGGACAUUCUCAGCAAUGGAGGAGAAUUAAAUUUUUGUGAACCAGUAGGAUCUGUAUAAAAGGCAUUUCCAUUUAAUUGUGAACAAAAAAAGCCAUACUAUAUUAUUAAUUGAUAUUUAAGUUAGUUACGCCAUUUUGUCAAGUCGAUUUAGCAUUUCUAAGAGCAGUUUACUAUAUUAUACAUGGGAUUGAUGAAUAAAAAGCCAUCGAUCAAUAUUUUUUUUAGAAUUAAUUGAUAAGUUCCGUAUGAUUAAUGAAUGUGAAUGAAAGGUGUUGCAUUUUUCUUUCAGUUCUGAAUAUUUCUUUCCCCACGAAAGAUUAAUCAAUAAUAUGAACACCUCAUAGAGUAUAAAUACGAGUGGAUCGCAGAUUUUGUGUGCCAGACUCGUGAUGGGAACCAAAGAAACGCGUCGAUAAUAUUUCCUUUCUAUUUUAUUUAACACGAAUGAAUGAAAAGAUAAUUCGACGUGCUUCUCCAGGAUUUUUUCGACGUCAAAAGAAACGUUUAUGUGCUCUCUGUAAACACUGGAGCUUUUGCUGUAUGAUUUUAUGAUGAAUAAAGUACACAUAUGAGAGAUUUAUGA